GUGAUCACGUGACUCGGUCCGAUUUAUACUCGACUUUGACGCAAUUCUUCCUCUUCGUGUCCUUGAAGUGUCAGUGGCACAUCCUGUGUCUCUUCGUUUGAAUAUUAUAAUCAGAAGUCAUCAUGUCCAAGAUUGGUAUCAAUGGUUUUGGCCGUAUUGGAAGGCUGGUGCUGAGAGCUUCUCUGGAGCGAGGUGCUCAGGUGGUUGCCAUCAAUGACCCCUUCAUCGGUCUGGACUACAUGGUGUACAUGUUCAAGUAUGACUCUACCCACGGACGCUUCAAGGGGGAGGUUAAGGCUGAGGGAGACUUCCUCGUCGUUAACGGAAACAAGAUCGCCGUGUUCUCUGAGCGAGACCCCAAGGCAAUCCCCUGGGGCAAGGCCGGAGCCGAGUACGUUGUGGAGUCUACUGGAGUCUUCACCACCAUUGACAAAGCUUCUGCCCAUUUGGAGGGAGGAGCCAAGAAGGUGAUCAUCUCAGCACCCAGUGCGGACGCCCCCAUGUUUGUGGUAGGAGUCAACCUGGACGCCUACGACCCCAGCUACAAGGUUGUGUCCAACGCCUCCUGCACUACCAACUGUCUCGCCCCACUGGCCAAGGUCAUCCACGACAACUUUGAGAUUGUUGAGGGUCUGAUGACCACCGUCCACGCUACCACUGCCACCCAGAAGACUGUUGAUGGACCCUCUGGCAAGCUGUGGCGUGACGGACGUGGAGCUCAACAGAACAUCAUCCCAGCUGCUACUGGAGCUGCCAAAGCCGUCGGCAAAGUCAUUCCUGCCCUGAACGGAAAACUGACCGGUAUGGCCUUCCGAGUCCCAGUACCCAAUGUGUCUGUAGUCGACCUCACUGUCAGGUUGGGCAAGGAAGCCAGCUACGAUGACAUCAAGGCCAAGGUGAAGGAAGCUGCCGAGGGACCCCUGAAGGGAAUUCUGGGAUACACAGAAGACGAUGUUGUCUCAUCUGACUUCGUCGGCGACAACCAUUCCUCCAUCUUCGACGCCAAGGCGGGAAUCCCGCUGAACGGCAAGUUCGUCAAACUCAUCUCAUGGUAUGACAAUGAGUUUGGUUACUCCAGCAGAGUAAUUGACCUGAUCAAGUACAUGCAAACCAAGGACAAAUGAACACUAGGACAAUAACAUAACCACCUCGAUGUUCCAAUGCCACAGAAAUCGUAGAUUUCUAUUCUAUCUUUUGUUUAACUUCUUUUUUUAAUUACAUGUAUUUAUCAAUUAUUGCUUUUGUUGAUGUUGUGUGAAAUUUAUAUAGAUUAAAAUUAUAAAACUA